AGAAAAUCAAGGUCGGCGACCAAAAUACCAAUCAAGUUGUGUCACUCUCUUCAAAAUCCCAGUACCAGAAUAUAGCCGCCAUCUCAACCCCAGCUAAAGCAGAUAAGAGGGGGGAGCUCUUCAAUUCAGUUUGAUCAAUUAAUGGCAAGCUGUAAUGAUAUUCACGAAAGCAAGGAGCAUAUCAGCAAGGAAGUUGUAGUAAUAGUGGUGCCACUUCCAGCCCAGGGCCACCUCAAUCAGCUUCUGCAACUAUCCUGCCUCUUAUCUUCCUAUGGCCUCCAGGUUCACUUUGUCAGUUCUGCCAUCUACAACCGCCAAGCCAAACUCCGUGCAAAUGGCCUGGAUAUGGACAAACUCCAUUUCCACGAUCUUCCAACACCUGCUUUUCAAUCACCUCCUCCGAAUCCCAACUCGACUAAUAAGUUCCCAACACAGCUGCAGCCGGCCUGGUAUGCCAUGUUGAGCCUCCGCCAACUGGUGGCUGAAUACGUAGAACACAUGUCCAAGCAAGCAAAAAGAGUUGUUAUUAUUCAUGACCCAGUUAUGGCUGCGGUUGUUCAGGAGGCGAUUCCUAAUGCAGAAUCCUACGCUUUCAACUGUGUUUCAGCUUAUUAUUAUUCCUCUUUUUUAUGGGAAUCCCUGGGAAAACCAUUCCCUAUUGAACAACCAAAAAAUUUUCCCUCUUUUAAAGGAUGUGUUCCAGAUGAAGUCCUUAAAUUUGUAGCUUUACAGGAAGAGCCAUUGAAAUAUAGAGCAGGGUAUUUAUUCAAUACAUGUAGAGACAUAGAAGGGCCUUAUGUUGAUCUAUUAGAAAGGGAAGAGGUUGCUGAGAAUAGAAAAUUAUGGGCAAUUGGACCAAUUCUUCCAUCAAAAUCCUUAUCUGCUAAUAGCCAACACAAAUGUUUGGAGUGGCUUGACAAACAAGCUCCAAAAUCUGUCAUCUAUGUAUCGUUCGGAACGAUGACUUCAUUGUCGGACGAAGAAAUCAAAGAGCAGGCAAUAGGAUUAGAACAGAGCAAACAGAAGUUCAUUUGGGUGCUGAGGGACGCCGAUAAAGCAAACGUGUUCGACGGUGAAGUUAGACGACCUGAAUUACCAGACGGAUUCGAGGAAAGAGUCGUAGAGUUUGGGAUGGUGGUGAGAGAUUGGGCACCACAGCCAGAAAUUCUUUCCCAUCCAUCAACUGGUGGAUUCAUGAGCCAUUGUGGCUGGAAUUCAUGCUUAGAAAGCAUUACCAUGGGAGUGCCAAUUGCAGCCUGGCCUAUGCAUUCUGACCAACCAAGAAACGCUGUGCUCAUAACAGAAAUACUGAAAACAGGUCUCAUUGUGAGGGAAUGGGAACGGAGGGAGGAGCUGGUGAAAGCUUCCACUAUUGAGAAUGUUGUGACAAGAUUAAUGGCAUCGGAAGAAGGAAAUACGCUGCGAAAACAGGCUGCGGAGUUGGCUGCUGUCGUUAGACGGUCAACUGAGGAAGGCGGCACAUCUAAAGCUGAAUUAGAUUCAUUUAUUGCCCAUAUCACUAGACAGAAUAUGGAUAGUGUCUCUCCAACAUCAAGUUCCAUUCCCAGUUCUUCCACAGGUUGUAACAUUUCGUCUCAUGUCUCUGCUGCUUGAAGAAUUCCGUUCUUUUAACGAACAGAGCCAAUUUCCUUUCCAGCGAGGUAAAGAAGCCAAGUGUUCACUGUAAUUGAUUGAUAAAACGAGAAAUUUCGAUUUCCAGUUGUACGAAUGUUCAUUUCAUGGUCUGAGCACUCGAAUGAUCAUAUCAUAAGUUAAAUGUUUCAACACCCAUCGAACUUUGGCUAAUGUGAUAGUUUACUCACCAAAGUUCACAAUGCUUU